AUGAGGUUUUUUUCCGGCGUUAUUUUAAUUUUAUUAAUUAAAUUAUUAGGUGAAAUAAACGCACAGUCCAAUGAAGUGGUAGGCUGUGGCGGCUUCAUAAAAAGCCAUGCCGAUAUUGACUUUUCCAAAGUAGAGAUCAAACUAUUGACGAAACAAGGUUCGCUAAAGGAUAAGACUGAUUGCUCGCCUUCAAAUGGAUAUUAUUUCCUGCCCAUUUAUGAUAAGGGUGACUACCUGCUAAGCAUAUCCCCGCCGCCCGGCUGGAGCUUCGAGCCGGAGCACGUUGAACUGAAUUUCGAUGGAAAGAAUGACGUGUGCAGUCAGGGCAAAGACGUGAACUUUGUGUUUAAGGGCUUCGGCAUAACCGGCAAAGUGGGCCUGGCCACUGGCGGCGGAGCACGUGAUGUAGAUGUAGAACUUCAGUCUGAACAGGGCGAAGUGAGGCGCACAAAGACAGACAUCAAUGGCAUCUUCUCGUUCACCCCCAUCAUCCCUGGAAAAUAUGUAAUUAAGGCCACGCACUCGAAGUGGCACUUCUCCAAGGCGGAGCACGACGUCGUGGUUGUCAGUGGCAACACAGAGCUGCCGGAAAACUCUCUGGUGGUGUCUGGUUUCGAUAUCAAUGGCCGCUUUGAUACAAGUGCUCAACUCCCUGGCAGCUUAGGCGUGGCUUUGUUCAAAAAAAAGGGACAAGCUCUGGUGCCAAAAUGCGACAAGUCCUCUGUCGCAGCCUCAAAUAGUGGCAGGAGCGAAUACGAGUCUGCCGCCUCUUGCUACACCCUCAUUGAGAAAUCUGGCGAAUAUACAUUCAAGAACGUACCCUCUGGCAAAUACCUGUUGCAGGCCAUUAACGAGAACACCAAGCUAAAACUUCACCUUAGUCCCGAUUUCCUGGAAGUGGAAGUGGGCAAGGAUACGCUGCAGCUGAAGGAAGAGUUUAAGAUAACUGGAUUCACCAUCUCGGGCCGCGUUUUGGGCUCUGCCGGUGGCGCGCCACUCAAAUCGGCCAUUGUCAAGCUGAAUGGCAAGAAGGUGGCCGAAACAGAUGACCAGGGUAGCUACACGCUGCAGAACAUCAAAGCGGGGACCAUAAACAUAGAAGUUGAAUCGCCACAGCUGCAGUUUGCUCCAUUGCAGGUCAAGGCCCAGAUAAACACGGCUGAGCUGCCGACGGUUGUGCCCUCCGCUUACGAAGUGUGCGGCAAAGUAGUGUCUACGAAUUCCUAUGCAGUGGGUCUCACGAAGCUCGGCUCCACCUUCCACACAACGACUAAAACACAGGCGGGAAGCGGUAGCUGGUGCGCGUACCUUCCUGUCGGUAAGUUCAGCAUAGAGGUUCUCACCACGGAUGCGGACAAGGCCAGUGGCGUUCAAUUCUUCCCCGUGCAGCAGCAGACCGAGGUCAAGGGGGAGCCCAUCAAUGGCAUAACCUUCUCACAGCUUCGUGCCAAAAUUCGCGGAGAGCUGCAGUGUCUGCCGGAUGCCACGGGCACAUGCACCGGGGCCGAGGUCACGCUCCAGGCUCUCGACGCCACCGGACAGCCAACGACCAACAAAUGGAAAGCCAAGGCUCAUCGUGGAAAAUUUGUAUUUAAGGACAUGCUGCCCGGCCCGUACGAGCUGACAAUACCCCAAGGAAAUCUCUGCUAUGAAUCGACGCGCGUCUUCCUGAACGUUGCAUCCGCCGAGGAGGACGCACCGCCGUUCAUUCACAAGGGCUACGAGGUCUCCAUCAUCUCCAGCCAUCGGGCAUUGAUGAGGUAUACCCACGUUACAGGACCCACGGAAGCAAAGGCACCAUCGGAAACGCUGAAAAUUCUAUCCGGCGUGAACACCUUCUGUGUGUCGAAAUACGGCAGCUACGACUUCAAGCUUGAGGGCUGCCAUACUUACGAUGACUCUUUGCCUUCAAAGUUCAUCACCCCGGAGCCAGAACAACUUCAGACGCUGAUCAUCAAUGCGGUUGCCCACAAGACUGGCAUUCGCGUGUUAUCCACGGAGUCAACGGCUGACUCGAUUAAGUUGCUUCUCGAAUCAGAGAAACUGGGCAAAGAGACCAUCACGCCCACGGCCGAGUCGCACAAGGUAGAUGGCAAGUACGCCUACCGCUACGACACCUAUCUAAAGCCUGAGGAAGUCCUCCACAUUACACCCGUGAGCGAUGUGAUGCUUUUUGCGCCACAGCACCAGGAUAUCGUGGGCGGCAGCGACUGUGUUGACAUUGCCUUCAACUUUGUGGCUACUAGGGGUCUGAUAUUGCGCGGCAAGGUGGUACCGGCGAUUAAGAAUGCCAAGAUAACCCUGUCCUUCCCCGAGCAUCCCGCGCUGAAGGACAUCGAGACACUCACCGCCGUGACUGGCGAGUUCAAGUUUAACCCCAUCGAUGCGGGCAUGGCCUUCGAUCUGAAGGCGGAGAAGGAGUCGUACGUGUUCAGCGAAUACAAUCGUCAGUCGGCAUCGUUCAGUGCCCACAAGCUGUGCGAGAUUUCCGUAAUUGUGAAGGACGAGGCGGGUCAGCUCUUGGGCGGUGUCUUGCUGUCGCUGAGCGGUGAGAGCUAUCGCAAGAACCUUGUGACUGGAGAUGAUGGUGCCAUCAACUUCCACUCGCUGUCGCCCUCACAAUACUAUCUGCGACCCAUGAUGAAGGAGUACAAGUUCGAGCCGAACUCCAAGAUGAUCGAUAUAAAGGAUGGGGAGACCAAUCAAGUCACCCUCAUUGGGAAACGCUUUGCCUACUCCAUCUUUGGCACCAUUACUUCGCUUAAUGGCCAGCCCUUUGCCGAAGUUAAUGUAAAGGCCACCGCCGAUGAGAGCUGUCACAGCCAGCAGGAGGAGGCCACGAGUGAGCCCAAUGGACAGUAUCGCAUCCGUGGCCUUCAGCCUGGCUGCAAGUACUCAGUUCGCGUGGUGCCCGACAACGAGAGAGUAGAGCGAUCUCUUCCCAACGAGCACGAGGUCAGCGUGGGCCAUCAAGACGUGCGCGACAUCAAUCUGGUGGCCAUGAGUCCUCUGAAGAUUGUGGACAUCACGGCCCGUGUGACGGCCACUCUCAACGAUCACUACAAGACUCUGCGCAUUGUAAUGUACCGUCGUGGCAACUCCGACUCUCCGGUAUUCUCGCAGCGCGUGGGCACACCAGUGAAUCCCAAGGCCCGCCUGAAUCCAGGCAUGACUAUAUUCCUUCCGCGAAUUCCUCUCGACGGUAAGAGCUAUUUUGUGGAGCUACAGUCGACGCUGUCAGACAAGACGUACACCUAUAAGCUGCCAUCGACCAGCUUUGUGGCCGACAGGGGUUCAGUGUUCAUUCAGCUGGACUUCAAGCCUGAGGUGCGAGCAGCCGAGACAGAUCUGAAUCAGAACUCGAUCUCCGCGCUGGUUCUCAUUGCCCUCGUGGCGAUUGCCUUCUUCAAGCAGGAUUUGGCCACCAACUUCCUCGCCUUUGUGUGGGGCAAGCUCAACGAUCUGGCGUCUGAUCUCUCCCAGCGCCACAAGAUCAAGACUCAAGUGCGCAAGAACGAGCCGAGAGAGAGCCAGCGAGAGAUCGAACAAUUGGCGGAGCAGAUAAAUGCCAUCAAAAAGAAAAAGACUAAGAAGAUUUAGUCCUGAUUGCUGCGUUCUCUCCUUAGUCGAUCAUCAAUUUAGUCACAUUUCAAGGUAUUCAUUUGGUUUUGUUUUUUUCCCCUGUGUAACUCUUGACUCAUGGAGAUUUCUAGUUCUGUUUUCAUAUGUAGAUGAGGCAAGUUUAUUUUGUGUUUCCAUUCUGGGUACGUUCUUCACUCUUAUAGCUAAAAUAAAUAAAUACAAUAAAUA